AUGGAGGUGCCGUCGGGUGCUGGGCCUCGUAGGGCUCGUGGCGGCCUCGGCGUGCCAACCCCAGAGCCGGGCCCCGCGGCCGCCCCGCCGUCCUCAAGCCACGCAGUACGGGCUCCGGCGCCGCCCUGGGCGCGCUUCUCCGCCUGGCUGGAGUGCGUGUGCGUGGUCACCUUCGACCUGGAGCUAGGCCAGGCGCUGGAGCUCGUGUACCCCACUGACUUCCGGCUCACAGACAAGGAGAAAAGUAGCAUUUGCUACCUGUCCUUCCCCGACUCCCACUCAGGCUGUCUCGGGGACACUCAGUUCAGCUUCCGCAUCCGCCAGUCGGGGGGCCCGAGGAGCCCCUGGCAUGCCGACGACUGUCACUACAGCCGCAGGGCCCCUGUGUCGCUGCAGCGGGAGACAGCACACUACUUUGGCUACGUGUACUUCCGGCAGGUGAGGGACAGCUCCGUGAAGAGGGGCUAUUUCCAGAAGUCCCUGGUGCUGGUGUCCCGGCUGCCCUUCGUCAGACUGUUCCAGGCUUUGCUGAGCCUGGUCGCCCCUGAGUACUUUGACAAGCUGGUACCUUGCCUGGAGGCUGUGUGCAACGAGAUCGAUCAGUGGCCAGCACCUGUGCCGGGGCGGGUCCUGAACCUGCCUGUUAUGGGGGUCGUUGUCCAGGUGUGUAUCCCGACCCGAGUGGACCAGCCUGAUUGGAGCCCCCCAAAGCAGUGCAGCCAGGAGAACCUGAUGCCUGCCCCGGUGUUCCUCGCCAGUGUCCACGAGCUGGACCUGUUCAGGUGUCUGCAGCCCGUGCUGACCCUUGUACAGACUCUGUGGGAGCUUGUGCUACUCGGGGAGCCCCUGGUGGUCCUGGCGCCCUCACCUGCCGUGUCCUCAGAGAUGGUGUUGGCCCUGACCAGCUGCCUGAGACCCCUCAAGUUCUGCUGUGAUUACCGCCCCUACUUUACCAUCCACGACAGCGAGUUCAAGGAGUUCACCACUCGGACCCAGACCCCACCAAAUGUGGUCCUGGGAGUCACAAACCCUUUCUUUAUCAAAACACUCCAGCACUGGCCCCACAUCCUCCGCAUCGGGGAGCCAAAAAUGUCAGGGGACCUUCCUAAGCAGGUCAAGCUGAAAAGGCCCUCGCGCCUGAAGACCCUGGACACCAAGCCGGGCCUCUACACGGCAUACACAGCCCACCUGCACCGGGACAAGGCUCUUCUCAAGCGACUGCUCAAGGGUAUGCAGAAGCAGAGGCCUGUGGACGUGCAGAGCGCCCUGUUGAGGCGCCACCUCCUGGAGCUCACCCAGAGUUUCAUCUUCCCCCUGGAGCACUACAUGACCAGCCUCAUGCCCCUGCAGAGAAGCAUCACAGCCUGGAAGACGCCUCCCCAGAUCCGCCCCUUCCGCCAGGACGACUUUCUGCGCAGUCUAGAGCAAGCGGGUCCCCAGCUCACUUGCAUCCUCAAGGGUGACUGGCUGGGCCUCUACAGACGGUUUUUCAAGUCCCCCCAUUUUGAUGGUUGGUACCGGCAGCGGCACAAAGAGAUGGCUCAGAAGCUGGAGGCGCUGCACUUGGAGGCCAUAUGUGAGGCUAACAUCGAAUCGUGGAUGAAGGACAAGUCCGAGGUGGAGGUCGUCGAUCUAGUCCUGAAGCUUCGGGAGAAGCUGGUACGCGCUCAGGCGCACCAGCUCCCAGUGAAGGAGGAGACACUUGAGCGGACGCAGCUGUACAUCCAGACGGUCAUCGGCUCCCUGCCCAAGGACCUGCAGGCCGUGCUGUGCCCUCCGUGA